CACCGAACACAAACGGCAUCCCGGAUAUUUUUAUUAUUUACUUCUUGUUUAUACAUAUUUAUAAAUAAUAACAAUGAGCCGAAACUAUAAAGAAGAUCAGAUCAAUGAAGUUGAGGCACUCGAUUCCAUAUAUUGCGGCGAAAUGGAAGUGCUACAAACAGAGCCUUUUCACAAAUUUCAAAUUCCUAUCGCCACGGAGGAGUACAAUGCCGAUGCAGCGGAAGACAGUGAAAAGGGCUUAGCUUGUAAACUUGUGUUUACAUACACAGCAUUAUAUCCAGAUGAAGCGCCACUGGUGGAAAUUGAGGAAGCUGAAAAUUUUGAAGAGAAUUUCGAAGUAAAACUGCUGGAACAUUUGCGGAAGACCAUCGAGGAAAAUAUUGGCAUGGAGAUGAUAUUUUCGUUAGUCAGUAGUGCACAGGAGUGGUUGAAUGUACAGUGGGACGAGCACAAGAAGAAUCAGGAGGACGAACGAGCGCGCAAGGUCCAAGAAGUCGAAGAAGCGGAAAGAAAGAAAUUUGAGGGCACACGAGUGACUGUUGAGACAUUUAUGAAAUGGAAAUUAGAAUUUGAGGAGAGUACAGGAAUUGCUGCCAAGCGAGAGAAGAACAAUGAUAGCAAGAAAUUGACAGGACGAGAGCUAUUUAUGUGCGAUAACACAUUGAACGACUCUGACAUCAAAUUCUUGUUGGAGGCCGGUGAAAGUCUCGAGAAUGUUAAGAUCGAUGAAACCUUGUUCCAAGAUAUUGGCGAACUGGAUUUAGAUGAUGACGACGAUGAGGAUUGGGUACCCGGGGCUGACGACGAUGAUGAUUAAGCCACUCUGCGAUAUUAAAAGAAAAGUCACAUAAGGCAUACUUGUGUAUUGUAAACAAAACAGCUUAACUCUCAAUGAUGGCUCUAUUUAGUUACUACAAAUAAAAUGCUAGUGUGUUAUCAAUC